CGAUCCCACUAUAAAUCUCAUACUAAGUACUUCAGCUACUUCACCACACAUAGUGGCCAUAGCAGUGUAUAUACUCUUCCGGCUACUGUUAGUAGUGGCAGUGGCGUCGCGGGCCACACAGCAACUUCGCCGCCAUCAUCAGCUACUGCUGACGAUGACAAAGAAGAUGAACAUGAUAAGACGAUAACGUGGAAGAUGAUGAUAGCCUGCUUCAGCCUGUGGCUCUUCAUGGACCUACAGAUGGUCAUCUCGCUGGUCAGCGGCUGGCUGGCCAAGAGGAAGAAGAAGAGUGAGAUGGAUCUGGAGAAAGCAAGACAGAGCCACGAGAACAAGGCAUACGCAAUUAAUACACGUACACAGCCGAUCCAUCAGUAGCGUGGAUGCUGACGAUCGGUGAUGGCCUGCACAACUUCACGGACGGUUUGGCGAUCGGCGCCUCGUUUGCAGCCAGUAACUCGGCUGGCUUGUCCACCUCCAUUGCAGUCUUCUGUCAUGAACUGCCUCACGAAUUUGGCGACGCUGCUUUGAUGUUGUCGGCGGGAUGGACGUGGAGGAUGGUCCUAGUCCUGCAGUCUGUUGCCCAACUGACCGCCUUCAUUGGACUCUACAUCGGGGUAUCAAUAUCAAACUCAUUUGAUGAGGCGCAGAUGUGGAUCUUCAGCAUUGCGGCCGGCAUGUUUCUCUUCAUCGCCCUCUCAGACGCGGUCCCGGAGAUAUUAGAGCUUGUUCUCCACUACAAAUCAUUCCUCAUCUUCCUGUUGGCCAACGUUGGAGUAGCUGUAGGCUAUCUCGUUAUGGUCCUACUGGCUAUCUUCGAAGAAAAAAUCAAAAUAUGAUGACGAUGAUGACGAUGAGAUGAUGAUGACGAUGGUGGGAGUUUAAUAAAUAUAAUGUUGAUGAUGGUGAUGAUGUCCGAUGACGACUUGACGAUGCUGGACCUAGGACAGCGGCAAUGGAGAUGAUGGUGAAAAAGAUGAUGACGAUUGGAUGGUGAUUACGAUGAUGAAUGACAACUGAGCUUGUAAUGACUCCUACAAAUGCUGUGCUUUGGAGAAAAAUAAUGCUAAAUGCUUUAAAUUGCUGUCAUAGUGUCAAUGAUUGAAUAUGAGUAGGUUGAUGGCGUUAAAUUAAAAAAAAAAAUAGACAAAUUUUUAUAAGAAUUUUAACAAAGGAGCGAUAACAUUUAAUUUAACUUGAUAAUAUUAGCUAAUAAUAUCAACAAUAAUUUUAAUUAAUUAAAUAAUUAAUAAAAGUAAUUUCAACUAUUUAAUUCAUUAAUUUAUUCAUUCAAUUAUCAUAUAUGUCUAAUAUUAUUGCAUCAUCAAUUAAAUUAUUUUAUACUAAUUAACGACCAAAUUGAAUUGUAUUUAAUUAUAAAUUUAUUAAUAAAAAAAAAUAAUUUAACUACGUAGAAAAGAACUUUUUGAAAAAUUUCUAAUUCAAUUGUUUUCUUUUUGUUAUGGUUUUCACGUGACUGAUUUUAAAAAAUGUAAAUAAACAUAUCGUCA